AUGGACACCAUCUCCCCCGCCCCCAAAUUAACGCCCCUCUUCUCCCUACGCUGCGCUGUUGCCGCGCCAAUUGAGAUCGGAAACGGUCCGUAUGGGAGGAGAAGAUGCGUGCCGAUUGAAUCUGGGACGGUGAGAGGGGAGUAUAUCAAUGGGGAGGUUGUUCCGGGUGGUGCGGAUUUUAUGCUCGUCGAGGACGACCAGACAACGCAUGUGAAUACGAAUUAUGUUAUUAAGAGUGACGACGGGGCGUAUUUGUAUAUCCGAACUGAGGGAACGCGAUCUGGUCCGCCGGAAGUGUUGAAGGCGUUGAUGGAAGGAGACGGCGUCGAUCCCAACUCCUACUGGUUCCAUUUGCACAUCAAGAUUGAAACUGGCCAUGAAAAGUAUCGCUGGAUGAACAAUCGGGUGAUUGUUGGACGGGCUACCAGAGCUAAAGGGGAGGUGGCGUACGAUGCGUAUUUUCUCGAGAAUGUCUAG